UUUUGCCGUUUCAGUCUCUUGCCGGGUCGCUCUUUUUCAUUUAUCAGCUGUAGUUCAUGUUACAAGAUCAAAAAGUUUUGUGCACAUGUGUUGCUGUCUAAUGUUAUAAAUAACUGGAGUAAAAAAAGUAAAAAAUUAAAUUUCUUGUGAAAAGUUUCUCGCUACUGUGCGUACUAGUUUGAUUAUAAGAAAAAUGUCUGCAAACUCCGUACUAUUGGAUUUUUCUUUGGAUCCCACCCGUAUAAGAGACGAAGUGUCGCGAAAAGAUAUUGUAAAACAGUGCAAGGAGCUCCUGGAAAAGUAUCUUCCGGGAUUGAAGAUAACUUACGACAUGCUAACAGAAGAUGGCUAUCUUUGCAUGCUCACUGCACCUGGUGGCAUAGUAACAACGAUCCGGUUUUUCAACCAGGGGCUUAUUACGGUCAACAUCGAGUAUUACCGGGCAGAGUGCGAAGCGCCCAAGGUUUCAUUCGAACAAACUCGUGAACUCGAAAACAGUCUAGUAUUAAAUCUGAAGCUAAACCACGGUCAAUCGCUGCCAACUUUACAACGAGGACCAUUGACCAAGUAUUUCCCAACGGCAGAUGAGCGAGUCAUUGAAUAUGACAUCGAUAAAGUUCUGUACGACAAGCGAUCGGAUUUCCAGAAAAUACAGAUUGUUCAUUCAAAAAGUUUAGGAAAUAUGCUCGUGCUGGAUGAGUUACAAAACAUUGCGGAAGCUGAUCUGAUUUAUACCGAAACUUUGAUGCGCCGGGGUGUGGAAAACUAUAAGGACAAAGAAAUCUGCAUUCUCGGUGGAGGAGAUGGCGCGUUACUGUAUGAACUCCUCAAAGAGAACCCAAAGCAUGUGCUAAUGCUUGAAAUAGAUGAGUUAGUCAUGCAAGCGUGUAACAAAUACAUGAACUCCAUCUGUGGCGAUGUGCUAGAAAUACGCAAAGCAGAAAAUUACGAAAUUAUUGUCGGUGACUGCAUGGUUUAUUUGAACAAGUACAUUAAAGAAGGACGAAAAUUCGACUAUGUGUUUGGCGAUCUCACCGAUAUUCCCAUUUCGGAUACUCCAACUGGUGAAAUUUGGGAAUUUAUUCGUACAAUUCUAGAAUCUUCUUUUCAAGUUUUGAAGCCGGGAGGUAAAUUUAUGACUCAUGGCAACGGAGUCAGCUGUCCAGAAUCACUUCAAAUGUAUGAAGAACAAUUAAAUAAAUUGUCACCCAAAGUUAAUUUUACCAAAUGCAGCGCAUUUGUUCCUUCAUUUAUGGAAGAGUGGGUCUUUUAUCAAGUGCAGCGUGAAACAGAUGUCGUAGCUAACGUUUGACUCUUGAGCCCUAUCGGAAUUGCUCGUGAAUUUAUGACCCAUGCCAUUUUUCAUACUCCUCUUCACGCAAGUUGCGGGCGUAAUUCACUAAGAUUCUUAGUUCGCAUAUGUUUCAAUAUCAGUACCCAUAGUAUCAACAUCAAAGCUCUCAAGACGUAGCGUUUUGAAUCUGUUUGUCACUUUAUUAAAAAUUAUGCACGGUAGCUUUAACAUUUCUGAUACAAGAACCGGUCGAACCGUUUGCUAUAAACCCAGUUUUCAGAAUAAUCACUGUCGAAAACUUGACAGCUUUGUCACCCAUUUAACAGCUUUUCAUUACUUUUAAUGUUUAUAGUCUUGUUUUAGCAUGUUGAUAUUUGUGGAAAGCACAAAGCAUUUACGUUGUACUUACAGACAUAUAACAGAAGAAGCAACCAAAUAGUUCCUUUACUUUUUAAAUCAUUUUAUUUGGUGACUUUAUUGAAUCGAGGAGUUUUGUGUGCGAAACUUGAAAAAAUAAUAUAGUCGGAAAAGUAGCAAACUAUAGAAAUUAUAUGUAAUACAAAUAGUAAAUACUACUAAAUCUCUUACCGCUGUAGUAGAACAGGUUCGUCUGUCUUUGUUUAGAAUAAAGCUUUCGACUUAUUCCAUAACUCAGAAAAUGCGUUUU